AUGUCUGCCCCUCGGGGCUCUUCUGACAUCUUUCCUUGUAAGGGCAUCUUGACAAUAUUAGAAACUAUGCCGCCUGUCAGUCUGUCUUUUUGGUCAUAUUCGGCUCCUGUAAUUUUUUCCUUUUCUUCUACAUCGGCCACGGAAUUCUUCCAGUCACUUAAUAUUAUUUUAAGCCUCACAUAAGCCAGUUAACGUUUACAAACAAGAGAUGUCAGCUGUGAAAUAAGUUCCUUAAUCCAUGCCCUUAUUUAAUUCUGCCUUUACUCUCCUUACGGUGAUCUUAAUUUGAUUCUUCCGAUCAUCAAAUUAGGCAAGGUGAUAUCGGCCUGAUGUCGUUGCACCCCCAACUGUAGUUGACGGGUUAGAAUGAACAUCGAUGUCUUGUUUUCGAACUAGGGGUUAUGACUCCUUUAUGCCCCUCACCGCUGGCUCCUGUUCGAGUCUCGGGUACGUUAGCAUCUGUGGUUUGGGUUUUACUGACCGUUAACAGUUCGUAAGCCGGAAAAGACCAUUUCAGCAUUCUUGUUUUUAUCGGUAACCCUUAUACGCAGUAAACGUUACUUGAAUAGUCCUACCAUUAGAUCUUGCACAUUUUCCGCCAAAUAAGGACCAAACUGAGAUCAUAGAAGUCUAACUCACAAAAUAUCUUCCCAAACUGAAAAACCGACGCUGUAUUAGUAAACGAGGACUUGAAUCUCCCAAUCUCACAGACACAAGUCCCCCAAGGCCGUAUUGAUUGCCAAAAAUUCACAAACCCGUCUUUUCUAUAUGGCUGGCACAAGGCAUGUUCAUUUCUCCCUAUCACACAACUGCAAAGUGAUUGGCUUAAGUCGAUUGGACACAUUAUCUCCACGUAGCUUGCGUGACACCUUUUAACUUAUCAAUUCUCUGGGAAGUAUGAUAUAACACCAGACCAAAAGACUGCAAUAAUGACAUCUGUAGGCAGACAAUGUUGAAAACAGUUCAAUAACGCUUCGAGAGGUCUAUACCUCCCCUAUGAUCAUUCCUGGACCCACGUGCAAACUCGAUUUGAACUAGUUUGACAAGAACGAAGAGAUCGGACGUUUGAUUUUAGGGAUGAACUGACCUCACUGGACUAUGACCCCUUCAGCUGCAGCCGCUCCCGCCAAGACCAUCCAAAUUGACCAAACUGCGGAGCAAUACAAAACAUUUGAUUGACUUUAAUUGAGCUCCUUCGAAGGAAACCACUAUAAUUGUUUCCACAAAUGUGCACCGAUUAGGUCAGAGACACCCACACAAGGAGGCCUGAAACGCCUCACGUAGACACCGUUGGUUCAGACAAAGCUUCAGGAGACCCUCGCACAGGAUCAAGAGGCAUGCACGAGCUCCUGUUGAUGGCAUUAACAACCAACUAGUGAAGUCCAGAGGGAGGCGGAUCAAGCACAAGACCAGGAAUAGCGCUGUUGCCGUCCAGUCAUUCCUCUUGUGCCUCCACUGCCAAAGUCCAUUCAUGACUUGCACUGAUCCUUUCAAUCCACAGCAGCAACAACGAUAUGGUGGAAACCGCAUCGAAAAAUGUUGUUCACGACAUUCCAGUCGGAGGAGGUAGGCGGCCUCAAGCCGUAGUAGUUUGGCCACCAGUGAGGAGACCCCCCUCAGAUCGCCUAUUUCUGUGACGUGUGUGACUCCGACGUGGGAAAGAUGAAUGGAGCUUUCCGUGUAGCAUCUGCUAAGCCUCGGCCACGCUUUUUAUAAAUUUAAUUUGCUUCGCCUCACUGUCUGCCAAAACUUCCCUUCUGGGGCUGAAUUGCCUGAUGUACGUCGGCUAAAUUUUCCACUCUCAGGGGCUGUUUCCUGCCCAUCAGCAACGCAAAAAACGCUAUCUCCAUCGGACUUCUCAUGCCUCUUCCUCUAAACCCCUUCACUCGCCAUUUGAACUACAAACACGGUCUGGGUUCCAUGACCGUCGUCGGUAAACGAUUACACUUUUUUAGUCACCUGAGCAACUAGUCAACCGAUUUAUGCUGGCAACCAUCAACAAUCGUCCCUUGUAGUAAUGUAGACUAUUUGCUGUGCCCUUGUUCCUAAAAUUCUUUUGUCCUGUACUGGACACAUUUUAUAGCCAUUGUUACUUUUCCAAUCUAUCUGUUCUCUCCAACUCAUCAGACAGUAAUGCCACAAAUUGCACGUGGCUCUACACAGGAAGAUCAGUAUCGGGACAGCACUCUCUAGAAUUUUCGAGGUCAGUUUCAUCGAAACAGGUAGAAGGUAAUGGAGCCGUGAAAGCACAGGUAGCCUUAGAGGCCGGUCGUAAAUUUUUUAAACGAGUCUUCUUACGAAAUUCAAUUUUUACCUACCCCCGUAUGCUUAUUAGUUCCACAUCGACGCUGCAGUUCAUUUAUAUUUCACGCAGUGGAUUCUACCCUUAGCUUUUCAACUUCUUUGACGCCGGUUGAUACAUGCUCGAGGGCAUUUAUUUAAUCGCCAACGUCAUUCAUUCAUUCAUUGCUGGCUUCCACGUGUUUAACUCGUGCCCCUUUAUUUUUAGCCCUCGAAAGCCAUUCGGAGGGGACAACUGGUUCACAUGUUUGGAUGGGCUUAAUGGAGCAUUUGGCGGAGCGCUUGGAAAAGAAGGUUUCUUUAUUUUUCACUUAUAAGUCUUGUCAAGUAUUCUUAUUCUAGAGCUGGUUCUGUUAUCUCGAUAAACGAACUGAAACUCGCUUCACCCUCAGGUUGGAAUAAAGUGUCAUUAAGUAUAACAGCUUUGGUACAUAGACAGUCAUACUACGUCAACCGGUGACUCUAGCAUUCUCCUGGACUCUGAGUCGACAGACGCAGACUCAACCUCGGGAAACUAUGAACCGUCACCAAAAAGGCCAGGUUGGUUGGUAUCUUCAUCGCCCCACUUUUCUUAUCGAUAGGGUAUCCUAUAUGAUGCCUUCAUCCACACUACCUGCUUCUCUAUUAUCCUUAAGUACCAAAAUCCGAGACCUCUUAUGAUCGUGUGACGUUUGUUUUAUAGCAGAGAGGAACUGUUUCUCCAUUAAAGAAACCAACGACCUUGCACUCCACCCCGACCUUAUCUGUUCCAAACCAUCAGCCUUUGCGACCCUGGCAAUGGAGCCCAUAUUUUCAUACCUAGAGCUCUGUUUACCUGAAGUGGCUCCGUGCGACGGUCGAACUCUGAGGGUGCGCCAGUUGAAAAUCGAAUAUUGUAGCUCGUCACUGACCAGUGGAUGUUUUCUGCCUAUCUCAGUCUAGAUCGUAUGCAUCCCCUUGCGCGAGCACGGCAAACAUGACACUCAGCCGUUCAUCUACAGUCUGUUUGCUUCGAAAGCCGUGAACGGUCCGAAAUACAUAGAUAUAUAUUUGAAUGGAAAUACAACUACUCGGUUCGACCGUCGCGAAAUACGAUGUCUACUGUGUAUCCGAUAGCAUGAUGGGUGCAAGAUGGUGACUUGCACCUAGUCCUUGUACGAUGGACCAGGAUUUCACACUAACGGGAAGGGAGCACCUCGGAUCCCAACAAAGUCGAAGUGCUAUAGAGGUCACAUUAACAAGGAGUCACUGCGGUUUGGCUCCUCGUCCUUAGCGGAGGACCCAGUUAUUCCUUUACUUCGCAGCCUUCCAAACCCCUAAGUUUGGCACGCCGUGAUAGCCGAAAAGCUCGUCAGAUUGUUUAUAGUGAGGAGUAUGCGCUGAGUGCUGCAGAGUCCCAGAGUCGAUCCUCCUCCCAUUACAGGGCAUCAGUCUGUUGUCCGAGCCGGUCUGAUGCGGGGAUUGGGCCCAAGUGACUGAGAGAGCUAAACAACCCGCCUGCCCGUGUCACACUCAAACUGCCCCCUCGCGCAACACUAGUUCUUCACAAAAAGAUGGACGGCACUGAUCCCAGAUGCGCUGGGGCACUGUGGAGGCCACGUGGAGACGGCACCAAGAGCCUACUUCUCAUUUAUUCUCUGCUUUUGUUGGGCGACUUGGGACGGGUUUGUGUGUGGUGUCUGUUGGCAGGAAGAUGUGUAGUGAUGGGCUUUGGUCUGCGGUGGCUUACCGCAAAUUAGCAUGCAGAUGCAUACGAUGACUGAAUGCGUGUGGGCAGGGCGAGUAGGUAAAACGAUGACGACGGGUGUGUGUUGGUGCUCCUGGCACUGGCUCGCCAGUCUCUGCGAUGGAUUUGCGAGUGACCCGCCAGGUCGGUGCGGGGUGUGCGUGUGCGGUGGCAAUAUGGGCAAGAUAGGUUGGUAGCUGCCUUGUUUAUUUUCCAAGGAAUCUAGUGCGCGCACUUCAAAUAAAUUCAGUAGGUGAGCGGUUAUUGUUUUGGUGACAGCAGCGGUGACGUUUCUUGUUAAAGGGACUUGGUAACGCUAGAGACGGAAGAGUUGUUGCAUUCGCAACGUGAGCCUUACAUGUCGUCAUUUCGAUAAACUCCGCUGUCGUAGAUGAGCAUGUGACCGUAUUGGCCUAUUUGAUGAUUCAGUGUGCGUUGGCAGUGUAGGCAGCUUAGUCAGAGGCGGCGAAUGCAUGUCGGGACUCCUGGCUCUGACUUCUCGUAAGUGACCGACCAGGCCGACGCCUGCUGCGCAUGAGCUGGACAGGUUGGGAGCUGUCGAGUCGGCGACGGCGGUGUUCGCUGCGGUUGUGGUGAGGUAGUUGCUAGGGCUCGACUUUGGGGAGUUGUCAGAGGUGCAAAGUAGUCUUGGCGUGUCGACAUUGCGGUGAAUUUGUCUGUCUUCGAUGCGUAUGUGGCUGUAUUGACCGCAUUUUUGGCUUUGACAACAGGGAUCCGAUUGGUUUCGUAGAUUGCUCUUCCAGUCUUCACUGCCUUUAUCUAGGCUCGUCGGUCCUGGGUGAGGCCAUCCCAGAUCUUUGGGUUGAUCAUCAGAUGUUUGCGAUUUGUCUUCAAGGAGUCCUUUUUGUCCUCGCCAGCGGGCACCCGUAGCGACAUCGUCUUAAAAGAGUCCUUUGGUUAGCGCCUGUCAUCCUUCCUCACUAUGUUGCCGUCCCAGCCCCUUGGAAUUAGUCUCAGCGUGGCCUGGAUGCAGAGGGAUUCGGUCCGUUCUAGGGCUUUCGUAUCCGAGAUCCUGCCCUGCCGCCUCAUCAUUAGUACUAUCUGGAGACAGUUUGCGUGAGACUGGCCCAGCACCCCCGCAUGGUUGUCCUUGACAGUCUAUGUCUCCAUCCUCUGGUAUAGUGACCUCAAGGUUAUUCCCCGUUCAUCUUGACUUUGGUGUUGAGAUAGAGACCGUGGCGAUUCCAAGCGGUCUGCAGCCGGCCGAAGGCCUGGAUGGUUUUGUAUGGGUUUCUCCGUUGUUGCUUGAUGCUUUUUGAAAUUGCACUGCCGAAGUAGGCGAAGUUGUCCACCGAUGCAUGUCGAGUUUCUUUCAAGUUGAUCCUCUACUGCCGGUUGAUGCAUAACCACCGUUUUGUCUGCGUUGAUGGUCAGCCCGAAGUUCGCGCAGCCGGAUCCGAGAAGACUCACGCUUCUUUGCAUAUUUGCUUCUGUCGUGACGUUGAGGACCCAGUCUGCGAAGGGGAGUAAUGAACAGUGGUUGCGGACCUUUUCGUGACUGCUUGCAUUAGAUGUUGAGAAAGUGGCGUUGAUGCUGUAGACGAGGUUGAUCCCAGGACGCUCAUCACGGUUGGCGUCCAUCAGCAUGGCAGUGAACAUGAGACUAAAGAGGGUGGGAGAGAUUACACAAACAUGCUCCAUCCCACUGGUUACUGCAAAUGCUUCUGAGACUGUUCCACUGUCCGUGAAGCGCGCCAUCAUUCCGUCGUGGAGGCGAUGUACCAUUUUCGUAGAGCGCUCCGGAUAUCCGCAUAAUCACCCAGACUCUGUCGUGGUGUCGACGGCUUUUGUCAUCUCUAGAAAGGUGGUGCAAUGGCUGGUGUGCAUUUCGUGACAUUUAUCCAGCAGUUACCGCGCCGCUAAGAACAUGUUGAUGGUGCGGCGGCUCCUUUGGAAUCCGCAAUGGCUUUCCGGCAGUACUUGUUCUAGGUGGCUGUUGAAACGUUUGGGAAGGAUUCAGGUGAAGAUUUCCCCUGCAAUGUUGGGGAGAGGGAUAACACAAUGAUUGCCACAGUGUUUACAGUUGCCCUUGCGUUCCUAUAUGUGUACGAUGGUGGCGUCCUUAAAGUCCUGAUGGACUUAUCCUUGCUCCCACAUCUUCUGGAACAAAGAUGUGAGUUUGUCCAUCAGGCAAGGGCCGACAUGCCUGUGGAUUUCGGCCGGCAUUGCGUCGGAUCCCGGUGCUUUCCAGCUGGGGAGCUGUUGCUUGACUUCGAUUGUUUCUGGGAGGGAAGGUGGACGGCCCAGGUCGGUAUUGGCUCCCACGCGAGGAAGCCGGUCGAUGGCGGCGUCGGAGAUUGCGUCUGAACGUCUGAGGACGCUUCUGAAGUGCUCACUCCAGCGUUUUAGCAUCUACGAUUUCUCCGUGAGAAGCGUUGUUCCGUCGGAACUGAGCAGCGGCGUAGUCCCUCUGGUGCGGGGCCAUAGACUUCCUUAAUGGACGAAAAGGAACCCUUCAUAACGUUUCGGUCCGUUUAGUCGUGUACUUCGCCAGCCUUGCGAUCCGUCCACGCAUUUUACAUAUUUGCAGCCGUUGUCGCACUAAGCGGCGGAAUCUGGGGAAGGCCGCUUUGUUUGUGUCAUUUUCGCGUUUGACGUAGACUUUGUUUGGCCUGUUCCUCUCUGAGAGCAGAUUGCAGGUUUCUUCAUCGUUUUUGUCAAACCACCCCUGAUGUUGAUAGCGUUGGUGACCGAGGACGUCCAUAACGUUGUGGAAGAUGAAGUUUCGUAGUUGGCUCCAUUGUGUCUCCAUGAUGAAAUUGUCGCCAGGAGCUUGUGGGUCUUCCAGAAGAUUGGUCAGUUGAUUGCCGAAAUCCAGGGGAUGAGCAGACACACUCGACAGAACGGUAUACUUACCUUAUGAUCUUCUACGAUGCUACAGUCAGAGCCUCAUAUUGGCGAUGAUGAGGCGGUGACACGCCCAUCCAUCGGCGUUGCAGAUCGCCUUGGUCACCAGCACAUUGUGGCGAGCCCGCCUCCGACCAAGAACACAAUCUAGCAGUCAACGACGGAGCGAUCGGGGGUGCAUCCUUGUUGUCUUCUCUCGCGUCGGAGGGCAGAAGUUAUUGGUGGGGAAGGCGAUACUCUGUGCAGUUCCGCAGAAGGGCAGACCGUUUUCGUUGUAACCGCCGAUUCUGUGGGGACUCAGUGCCCUCCCAGGCAGCAUGUCCCGACGUGGUCAUUGAAGCCGCCAAGGGCGAUCUGUUUGUUCGCCCUCAGCACAGACGCCAGGAAAGCUUGAAGUUCUUCGUAUCACUUAUUCCUCCAAGUUAAUGGUGAGCCCUCUGCACUGGAUAGUUUCGCUAUGAAAAUGGGCGCCAUACUGCGGACAACUCGACCAAGAUCGAGCGCUGACAUAAGCACUUCCAGCCCUUUCUCAUCCUCAAUGACCCAUUCAUUAUCCGCCCACUUUCCCGCAGUAUCUUUAUUCACCUCCAGUCAAUGCGUCAUUAUUUAGUCCCCCACCCCUAAGGGAAUAAUUGCACAACAGUAAGGUACUAUUCCCACUGAAAUAUGCAACUUGUGUCUAAACUCCGGCGUCCUAUAUCCGCGAGAUGGCAAAGUAAGCGUGGAGAGAUGAGGGCGUUCCUGAUGACUGGGACUCGGGCAUCCUUGCGUCUAUAUUCAAGAUGGAAGAUGAGACAGCGUGCGAGAACUGCCACCUCAUUGUAGUAGUCUUCUCCGUUAUCGCACUCCCGAUUUCAGCGAAUAUGUGAGUAGGAUGAGCGCCAGCCAAGCCGGCUUCCGAGCUUGACUUGAAUGCACCCAGCAGAUGCUCACCCCGUGACGCUAUAUGUACAUCGCCCCAAGUAUCCAGUCAGUCCUGUAUGCCAACUGAUGGGAUAACUUGGACCUCUCAGCCGGCCCAGUGUGUAUUCGUAUGGAGUGAUCGACUGGCUUUCUGAGAGUCAGACUGUAAUGGCUCCUUCUGAAUGUAGCCUCUAUGACACUCCCACCUAGUAGGAUCCGAACCGACUGUCGCGGCACGCCGAGGGGCAGCCCCGGCUUCUUCUGUUAUUAGUUAAAAUUCUGGUAAAGUGUUUGUUGUGGACCAAGGCGUGUGUCGACACGCCUAGGUGCGUGCCCGGCCGUGCUAGCCACCUGCGCCCUCCAGCCUCCAGUCUUCUUGGCUAUUUCCUGACGCCGGCCCAGCUUAGGGAUGAGGGCGUGCGGUAGAUGCUGUGCAAGUCUGCCACCAAUAUAAAAGAAAUCACGCACAAGUCACCGUGCCUGCUGCUGUUGGAAGUUGAGCAAACAUGGAGGUGUUUUGCCUCCAGUCCAUGGGAAUUAUCUUUCGAGUGAAGUGUGCUAAUUUUGGUUCCAAAAAAUAGUCCGCACUUGUCAUCCAAGAAAUGCUACUGGGCUUGUUCUGCGUGUUCCAUUCCUUGUGCUCCGUCAUACCACCCUCGAUCUGGCACUGUUACCCACCCGGAGUCGUCGAAGAGUAGGUCACCUUUAAACCUAGUUUUGUACAGUUCUCCAAGACAUGAAAGUGAUUUUCAGACCUUUUUCACACAUUCUCCGUGACUGGAAGAGAGGACGAUUCGAACUCUCCGGAUUUGCUAUCGCGAAUCGUCUCGUGUGAAAAGUACAGUUUACGACCACCAAGGCCGGCCAGAUCAUACGUUAUGUCAGUCCCACACUGCCGAGGACCUCAGAGCACCCGUCCACAAUCUGCGACGGGACCACCAACAGACGUCCUCAAGCGGACGUCGACAUCGACAUCGGCCGUCCGCACUCGCUGCAAAAGGUUAUCAAUGCUGUUCAACAGAUGUCUAACAGUAAAUAACCGAUCUCAGGGACUUCUUCCAGAAGUGCAGAGCAAAUUCUGGAAACACAAUGGAACCACAGACGUGCUUUUCGCGACCCACCAAUUGCGACAUGCCAGGAAAUGUGGACAAGCCGCAACACCAUCCUGGUACAUUUGAAAAAGUCUUUCGGCACAGUUAACCAAGAUCGUCUCUGGAAAAGCAUUCUGAAAUUCGGAUGUCCUGGGCGAUUCACAUCUCGCCAGGCGACUUGGGAAUGGUACGUCUCAUGGACAAUGGUUCAGUUUUGGUGGCAUUCACAGUGGCAGAAUGGCUUAAGUAGGGCUGCAUGUUUGCUCCCAUCCUCCGCAGUCUCAUGUCCUCCGCCAUGCUCAUUGAUGCCUACGGUUGGAAAUGACCAUGAAUCAGCGUCGUCUACCGAAGUAACUAAAAAUUUCCCAAAAUCUAUUGCGUGCAGGCAACCAUGUGGGCUUCCAGGACCAGUCUUCUUGUCUCCUGUUCACGGACGAUUUCACGCUCAACACUACAACGAAAGAAGGCACAUACAGAGUACGGUCCUUCUUUCCCUCCAGAUGCACAAACUUCAGACUGACUGUCAACACGGAGAUGGCCAUGGUUGUGCAUAACGAGCGCCUUCUGAUGAGUAUUACGAGACGGAAUCAGCGUGCCUUCUGCGCCAUUAGGUUUAGGCAUUCUGCACACCACAACUACAUCUAAAGCUUUUUGCGACUUAACUACUUUUCAUUCACACCUGUACCGUUUAAAUUGAGUUUUAAGGACUUCUGUCAUUUACUCCAAAUAUGCUGACUGAAUUUACGUCACACCAGUGAACAUAUUUGUCUUCUUAGGAAAUAAAAUUUUAAGAAUUUCAAGAUCGACCUUGAAAUUGUCCACCGGACCUCCAAAGCAAGUUCUACAUACUGCCUGUCUAAGGUGGCAAGACAUGAUUUUCAACGCGGACUUAUCCGCGCUCAAUAUUACCGCCUUUUUGCGGCCACAUUGUAAGGAUGGACGUGGGACAUUGGCCUAGAUGUCCAUUCAGUGGUGACGUCACUAUGGAUGCCCGUAGAUAUGGCAAACCCGGGCGUCGCCGCGUCGGCAUCUUAAACACGUCCCCCAAGCACCUGCAAAUCAACUCAGAGGCCUGAGGUAACUUCGGUCAAGAUCUGUGGUCCUGGCACCCUGAUGUAAGAUCCGAAGCACCCAGCUUCAGGGCCACCCAAACGGCCACUCGAUAUAAUAGGUCGUUCAUUGCAAGCUAUGAGAAUUAACGGUGCGCCGGGUAUGCAGCGGUGACUUUAGCGUAAAAUACAAAGAUGGUUGCGGGACGGGAGGACUUGUAAAGCAGCCUUACUCUCAAAUUACACCCACUCUUACAAUGCCAAGGCAAGCUCGGGACUACAGGGACGUGUACCAUGGUGCCUUACCACCACUAUGAUAUAUGCACUCCCUCCAGUGCAUAUGGUUAACUUCUACUUUUCAGCUAAGCUUUUGGUUGUAUUGCGGAGGGAGAGUUUGAAACGAGACCUGUAGAUGGCGCGCACUGUUUGAGAAACCGCUUUUUAGGUCCUCUUCUAGACUUCAUUGGUGGGAAUAGCUUUAUAGAUCAGUGUUUCGCGGAAAGUUAACGAAUUCACGAAUGUUUUAACCAUGAGGUCGGGGCGUCUUUGAAGAUUCGAAGCCCUAUGUGAAUUUCCCAAAACAGACCCCUUGCUUCGGUCGUGCGGUAGUAAGGGGUAUCUGUUCCCGCGCUUCUAAGAUUAUGAGGCGCCCGUUUUCUGUCCGUAAAACAAAUUAGUGCGCUUGCAAGGAAUGGAAAUGUUAUGGUUUCGAUAAGAGCGCUACUAUCUGCGUUUAAGUAGCCAAGUGACAGCGUCGCGACCAAGGGUCCACUAACGCUACAAUUGAGGCAUGUUAUCAUUUUUAACCAAUAUCUCGCAAGACACUCUGUGGGAGAUUGGAUGCAUACUCCAAGAUGCAGUCGAGCGGCGAGUCCUCUAAUUCCCGCUGUGCGCCAUAAAAUUGAUUUGUCUGAACUACCCCUUUCAGCUGCGGAAAUAACCCCUGUCCCCUUUUCUCUGACUUACGGAACGAGUUCUUUUAUGUUACGUUAUCGUUCCCUUGUUCAAACGAAGUCAUAUCUGGAAAAUGGGAACAUGUUUCCAUGUACUCUCCAAACUGUUUUGCUUAAACGCACAACAAAUAUGAUUUAAGGUAUAUUGGACGCAGUGUUUUCAUUAUCGAGGCUCCUUUGGUGCGUAACAUGAAGAAUAGUACAUUGGCUCUCAAGACCGACAUUUAUAAUUUCGCUAAGGAUAAAAUGUUUGCUGCUCUCAGGUUACUGCCCCUGGGAAUCUGUCAACUUCCCAUUUCUGAUGGCCAUCAUCACCAGAUGCACCUUAUCGAGUUGGUAUAAUCCACGGGUCGUUUGUGGGCGGCCAGUUAGUACUGCGUGAAUAGAUAUCCUCAGCGGUAACUAAAAUGAACGGAAUAAAAUGUGCUGCCCUCGGUUUCUGACAUCGAAACAUUUCACCCGGACGAGAGAGUCGGAUGAACAAGGCUGAUAAACCUGCCCCUAUUUAGCUGUAGUCUCUUUCUCACAUUCACGCUCCAGUUUAAGGCCGUCCUUAAUUUCGUGUCAUGUCUUACUGUUGUUUCUUUUCCUUCGCCGCCUUCCUAGUUGAUCGUAUACUGAUGAAGGAACACCACAAAUCUCCAGAAUUCGAUUGCUGUAGAUCAAUAGUCUCACCGGACUGUCAUUCGGAAGCGAAACUCUCCAAUCGUCCAUCCUCUAUGACAUCCUCUGUAAGCAGUAGUACGCUGUCCGUUAGGUCUCUCAAAUGUCACAACCGCCUCACGGGCAGUGUCCCCUCUCGACAGCGGGUUUUAAUGUGGGUAUUGGACCAGACAAACAAUCAUGAAUAAUGGUGCGACGCAUCUUUUGUACACAUGCCCCUCCCUUUCCAUUUUACUCAUCGAGCAAGAUGCUAUCGGUGCUGCUGUAUGGAUUUAUUACAGAUGGUUUUGUUUUUUCCUUACUUAUUAAUUUUCUAAGAAAGCAAAUGUUGCUAAUUGAUUUUUAUACGUAUCUCCGCCUUCUUCGCCUGUUUUAUGCCCAACCGCUGGAUUGGCUGAUCAGAGGUACAGAAGAGGAGAUUUGCACAGAACAACGAUCUUUUCCGUUAUGUACAUACUUCUUUAAACUGUGGCCUACGUCCGUAGACUGGGGUCCUGCUACUGCCACUGUUUUCUAGGGCAUACAAAACUUAAUUCUAUACCGGCACAGCGCCAGAAAACCAAACCACGUGGACGCCAUCCCUAUGUGGGGCACCCUGAAACUGUUUCAGUAUAAACAAGUUCUUGACGUGUGCUUAGUGUAGUCAACUCACAUUUUCAGCCUCCUUUACCUCUAAGCAAAGUCAACUUCGAUGGAGUAACUGCGUUAGAAAGAUAUCAGAUGCGCGUCUCUCAAAGGCACUAUUCCACGACCAAAGCUGAAUUAGUCAGGACCCUAACUAUAAUCUCGGUCAUUCCCAUGGGCAGAUAAAGUGAUUGGUUAUGUGCCUGUAGCCACUCGAUGCGUGCUUGCCUACUAGGACGGAAGCAUUCUGAGUGACACGAACUAGCCGCUUAUAGUCUGAUACUCCUAGUGAUUUAUGGGCCACCUGUCUAAUUGCGGCCCCAACCUACUAAAUAGUUAUCGCCAUGCACCUCAGUAGACUUGCAUUUCGGUGGCUUACGUAAUUAUUUUGCCUUUAACGCGUCCCGUCCUGUGUUUGAGCCCCGUAUCACGUCUACUGUAUUAUCUCCAGCCACAGUCACAGGGGCACAAAGAUCGAUCUGCUUGACCUUACAGAAGAAGUUGAGGCGACUUUUAUACGACCAGCCCUCGCAUGUGUAUCCACCGGUUCCAUAUCCACGGUACUGAACAUGGUUUCGUGAUAGUAAAUCUGCGUGUGGAGGCUUGCCUUCGUGAGCUUAUCCAACAGUUUUUCAACCAUCGCUAUGCCUCUGUGCGGUCGAGGAAGAAAGGAUGGGGCUGCGUUCUGCUCCAUCUAGCUGUGGGCUCGCUCAAAUAACUAAAAGGUCUUCACGAUGGCGGUUACCUACACACUGCCUAUGUAACCGUUGCAGUGUAAAACGUCUGUAAUACACUGUCUUUAGGACUUACUGAUUAUUAAUCUCAAAACAACAUCGGAAAAGCAAAGCAGCAUUCGACGUUUUAGUCUUUCGGGGAAGUACACAGUAGAGGCAUGAAAGCAUAGGUAUCCUCCCUAGGUACGGUUAUGUAAGAGAGAGAGUUCCGCUGUCGAGGGGUAUAUGGCGAGGAAAAAUGCCCGUGGCAUGUGUCUGGAAACAUCUGAAUUUGUCCACUUGCGCUGGAAUGGUCCUUUUCAUCUGGCCCGAGGGAUGAGAAAUGGAAUCCAAAAUGAAGGUUGGACGUUUCUUGGUAUUCCAAGGAGGUCAAUUUCCAGUAAAUUAGAGCACUCCUUAUGGCUUUCUUCCUGCUGCCUUGGUUUUGGUUGAAUGACGGGCGUCGGAGGCUUCUUUAAUGGUAUCUCUGGGAACGUAAAAAGAUACCGUCAGAGCGAAAAUGACCGCGUAACGUUAAAAUAAGUAUAAUCCGACUCUACUCAGCAUAUUACCCCGAUCCUAACCACAAAUUGGAGGCCUGACCUCGGAAUUUAACCCCUAACAGCUAACUGUAGUCUGAACCUAUGAAGUGGAACUCUUACCGUGCAACCCAUUCGCGAACUGUUACUCAUGAUUUUGAACAAGCUUUCCGCACUCACCGGUUAGGAGAUGUGGCACAUGGGUAUCGAUAUUUCGGUGUGAAGUUGUUCGGCGCUGGAAACAUUCGAUGCCUUCUUCCAUUGUGGGACGUCUGCGCCUGCCACGCAUAGCCCAAAGGAAAGGCCACAUGUACGGUCUCGGACCUCACAUAAAAGCAAAUAUGCCGUACAGGUCACGCCAUGAAAUCAUCCUGGCCUUGUCCUCGUACGAAGCUUUGAACGUAGCUCACUGAACAAGUAUUUAGAGCACGUACUGACGGCAGUAAGCUGUGCGUUCACGGAUGACAAGUAUGUAAGGAUCCAAGUUCACAAGAAGGCAACUGAAGUCCGGCACAUGCGGCCUGGUGCAUACUUGUGCACUGGAGAACAGGAAAUUAAACGCAUUUUGUGUUUUGUGCGUCUGGCUCAAUAUCUUUGCACUCUACUGCAAUGAUGGAAUACGAAAGAGCCUGUUGAUAGACGUGAACGUCAAAACAGGGCUUUUAUCCGCAUGAAAUUUCGUAAUCACAUACGAACCCGGCAUCAGAGAGAGCAAAAGGCGCGGAAAUGCACUCAAAAGAAGGGCAUCAUUUAUAAGAGACAAUCGUUGUGGUAACCUUCCAAGCCUAAUUACCUACGACUAAUAAGAAUAGGCUAGACAUAUAUGACUGAAAAGGAACGGGAUAGUGCAGCAACUGAGUCAUCCGAAUGUUGAACAUUUUAUGCAUACAAUACGGCUAUCUGUUGGUGUUUCUGAUAAUGCGUUCGCGUGCAUCUGAAUUGUCCAGCGAAGUAAAAUUGCAAAGUCGGUAUCCAUGACAUUCUGCUCAGAAAUUAGUAGAACUAGUCAUUGGCCAGCUUCCUGCAUUUAUCAACAGGCUCUUUCGUAUUCCAUCAUUACAGUAGAGUUCAAAGAUCUUAAACAAGACUCACAGAACACAAAAGGCGUUUAAUUUUCGGUUCUCAGUGCACAAGUAGGCACCAGCCCUCGUGUGUCGAACUUCAGUUGACUUCUUGGGAACGCGAAUCAUUACAUUCUUUCCAUCCGUGAAGGUGCAGACUCCUGACGUCAAUACGUAAUCGAUAUAUCUGUCCAGUGCGCUUUAUGCAAAGCUGCAACGACUUGCAGAGAAGGCACACCGCGAGCUGAGAUCGGUUGCACAGGGUAUGCAGAUGAUAGAUGCGAAGAGCAGAAGGCGUGCCACCCUUUAGCCGGUGCAUGAGAGACUAACGGCUUCAAAAUGCCCCACACAAGCUGUAUUGAUUUUUUCAGUUAGAAGUCUGUGCAAUUGAUUAUUACCAUGUGCAAGUUGCUUGAGUCGAAAUUUUCACUGUGGAAAAGGCUCAUUCAGUCGGAAUUUACUGGCUUAUUUGGCCCACGAAAAAGUGUUUUUGCUACUUCCUCGUCUUGAUUUAAUAAGAAGCUUUCUGUUUAAUUAUAAACACGUGGUAGCUAUUUCUAGCAAAUUAUAUUGGGCGCUCGGCAAUUGUGCUUUAAUUCAAAUAUCGUCGAUCCGAUUGUAUAACCAUGAAGCCAGGGUGCCCUAUCGAAGUUACCGGCAGGGUUAUGUUUUGUGGCCGGGCUUUCUUAGUCAGGGGAACAAUUGUGCUAAAAGAGAAUGACUGACGAUAUUUAUUUAUGUGUGUCAGAGGAAGAAGUAAAAAUACCUCGCGCCGACUGUUGUAAAGUAAAAAUUCGACAAUGCAAUACCUUUUUGGCAAUGUCUGCAGAGGGACAUUCAAUUCAUUCAAUAUUAUCAUUAAGUGGUAAAAAGCAGCGUCCCCUUUUAAUUGGUGACAAAAUGGAAGAUCAGAAUUUGUGGUUUCACAAAGUUUUUAAAUGUCCACCUCUUUUGCUUAACGUAAAUACUCCCGGGGGUAAGAAACCCGGCCAUAAAUCACGCCCUUGCCAAGUUACCCUGUAAAAAAUAGAGUUCCGGUGAAUUUCAUUCAGAGAGAUGUAACAUAUGCGACUGCAUUUAACAUGGUUUAAAGUAAGCAAAACGACUCCCAGAACGAAGUCGGUUUCUUCAACAUGAGAUCGUUGUCUAUUUCCUACAGACUAUUUUAGCGUAACUUUUAGUUACGCCUUUAAUCUGUUGACGUAUAUUUGCUGUCUGUAUAUAGCCCGUUCUCCUUGAUUCUGUCUGCCACCAUGCCCUCAAAGGAUUCCAGCAACGCUGCUACGUCUCUCAGUAAAGUUGUUUUGUCCCUCCCAGACUUCUGGCAACAUGUGAAAGAACUGUAUUUCUUCUGUAUUGAGGCAACGUUUCAUUCUGCAAAGGUAGCACGAGAAACGGACAAGUGUUACAAGUUGGUCGAGGCUCUAUCUCCUACCAUUCUUUCCUAAGGGCAGCAUAUUUUGAUACUUAAUUUUGACAUUCUUUCGGCCGCUCAACUUACUCCGAUGGCCUAACGACUUAUGGAGAUGCGCCCUUUUUCCAAGCCGCUACUUUCAGCACCACCAACACCUCCUGCGUUUCCACUUACGCAGCUGGAAAUCGGGCUUACCAAGCUGGCCGCUGAGAGAGUUUCUCUCCAGAAGCAGACAGCUUCCUUCUCAUUUCACAGACAACCGAAGUCGUCCACUCAGUCCGCACACUCAGUCCAUUCCACCACAGUCGUCACCUGCUGGUAUCACACCACCUUUGGUGCUAAGGCCCGCCGCUCCAUCUUUGUCUGCUCCUUCAUCUUCGAACAGCGCAAACGGGCAAAAAGGAUCAGCCCGAAGGGCAGUGCAGCUAAUCUUCUUGACAGCCCUAAUCCAGGUUGCACAUUUCGUGUCGGCGACAUCCGAAAUGGCAGGCGUUUCCUGGUUGACACUGGUGCGCAGCUGAGUGUCAUUCCGCCUACAUCUGCUGAUCGUCGGUGCCCCAAUCUCGACCAUUUCCUCCAGGCCGCCAACACAUCACUCAUUACCACCUUCGGCACCUGUUCCCUCUCCUUGGACAUCGGCCGCCGGCGCCUUUUCUUCUGGGUCUUCGUCGUUGCUGACAGCCCCCGUGUCAUACUCGGUGCAGACUUCUUCGCAGCUUCCGAUAUUCUGAUCGACUGGCCUCAGUCCCGUUUACACGACAAGACUACCAACCUCACAACCUCGGGUAUUUCUUCUUCUGACGCUUCCCGUCGACCCUGA